AUGGCAGUCAACGAACUUCCCAAUGCCCCUUCGGAGCAUCACCCUCACCAUAUCGCCCGAUCAGACUCAUCUACAUCAUCAAGCCCUUCCGAUCACCAUGACCACGACCACGAGAACGAGGAGCCCAUCAUCCAUCAGCCCGUUCCUAUCCGACCUGGACUUCCCCAGAGAAAAAGCAGUGGUCCAUUAGUUGUUCCUCGCGAUAGCUCAGCAGUCGGCCCUCAUGAGCCCGACUUUGGUCCAGAUGACGUCAGGGCGAUGAGCCCCAGGAGAACAAGCGAGGAUCUUGAUAGAAUUGGAAAGGCUGCUCGGGAAGAGAUGAGAAGACAUGCGAAAGCACUCCAGGAUUCUCUCCUUACCAUCUUCAACCGCAUUGAAGCCGUUCGCGAAGAGCACGAUAAGCUUGACAACAACAAUAAGUUUUUGCAAAAGUACAUUGGCGACUUGAUGAGCACUAGCAAAAUUACUGCCACAAGCAGUCAACGCAAGAAAUAA